UGUGGAAGCGUCACAAUGAACUCGUGGCUACUGCAAGUCAGUACUAACAAAGUUAUAUUAAGGACCGUCCCUGUUGACAGCAUUCAAUUCUUCAAAAUGCAGUUUGCUAUUGUGCUUAUGGCACUUGUCGGUGUUUCCUAUGGUUCUAACGUCGAGUGUUGGACAGUACAACAGAUCGCUGACAAGGUUUUCGAGCUCGCCGACGCAGAUAAUAAUGGCAUUGUUACAACGAACGAAUUCAAGAACGAACUUCUCACAGAUUGGGGAUUUGCCAAUGGAUGCUUGUCGAGGAGUGACUUCACACACAAUUGGCAGUUACACUUUCACGAUACUGCCCAGAAUGCCCAUGCUUUCUUUGACAAUUUAGACAUGAACGUAGACCAUAGUCUUUGCGAAACGGAGGUAGUUGUGGUUUUACUACCUUUUGACAAUGUCGUCCAUGAUUUUCAAAUACAGCAUCAGGAGAUGGUUAAUUUCAUCCUUGCGAAACAUCCCGACCCUCACCACAAACUCCACGGUUGUCAUUAGAUUUUGUAUUCAAUUUAUAAUGUACAACAAAAUAAAACGUAAUAAUUCA